ACUAUCAGUUCAAAUUUAAGGCUGAUAAAAAAUGGCAGCAGCUAAAAUUUCAGAAAUUCCAACUCUCUUUGAAAAAUUCAAGGUUGCCAAAAACGUUCUGGGCCGUAUCAGUGUCUGGGAUGGAGAUAUUACUAAACUUUCCGUCGACGCAAUUGUCAAUGCAGCAAACAGUCGAUUAGCUGGAGGUGGUGGCGUUGAUGGUGCAAUUCAUCGUGCAGCUGGACGGAAGCAACUACAGGAAGAAUGCCAGCAAUACAACGGAUGUGCUGUCGGAGAUGCUGUCAUUACCUCUGGAUGCAAUAUUAAUCACAUCAAAAAAAUAAUCCACACAGUUGGUCCACAAGUAUAUGGAAAUGUCACAGAUGAACGGCGUGAAAAUCUUGUUGCAUGUUACAGAACAUCACUAGAUAUUGCUAUCGAGAACGGGAUGAAGAGUAUUGCCUUCUGUUGCAUUUCUACUGGUGUGUACGGUUAUCCAAAUGACGAUGCCGCUAAAACCGUCACCAAUUUCCUGACCGAGUAUCUUGAAAAGAAUGAUACAAUUGAACGGAUUGUACUUGUUACAUUCCUUGACAUUGACAACGAGCAUUACAAUAAGUAUUUCGGUGAUUAUGCUGCAUCAAAGGAUCAAAGUAUCGCCUAAAACUUUCUAUUGCACAUUUACUGUACAUGACUAUUUUUAUUUUAUGUUGACUCCAUAAUCUCACUAUCAGAUCGGUUUUGAUCCGUAAUGUUUACAUUGUUUCCGGUGUUGAUUGCUUCAUAAACAUGUCACAUUUC